AUGAGUUCCGAAAAUUUUUCGCAAAAUUUGAAGAAGCAUAUGCAAACCCUAUUAAUAAGAAAAUCUAAUAUUCCUUAUCAUAAUCAGAAUAAUAUUGUGGACAUAAUAACAGGAGUUUUAGAUAAAUAUACUGAUGCUAACACAAAUGCUAUACAAGUUGAAAAUGCUAUAAAAAAUAUAAAAGAAAUUUUAGACAAAACAUUUGGAGCUGGUUGGAUAUGCUUGAUUGGAGAAUCUUUUUCGUUUAACAUCUCAGCAAAGGAGGAGUCCUUUUUGUUUUGUUUUUAUCAGGGCUAUUUAGCAAUUGUUGUAUAUAAGUGUUAA